UAGUAUGGUUAAAGGGCCCAAAUCUAUUGUCUUUCUUUUGAACUCGUUGCGCGAAAACCCUAGUAACAUUACCCCUACCGUCUUUGGCCUUCUUCGCGACGAACAACAAUGGCUUCCAGUGAUCACACGAUAUUGCAAUUCUCACCAUCUUCAACCAGCAUAUCAGCAAAGGUUCACCCUUUAGUCAUAUUCAACAUAUGUGACUGUUAUGUCAGACGUCCCGAUCAAGCCGACCGAAUCAUUGGCACUCUUCUUGGAUCAGUAUUGCCUGACGGUACUGUAGACAUUCGGAAUUCAUAUGCCGUCCCGCAUAGCGAGUCACAAGAUCAGGUUGCCUUGGAUAUUGAUUACCAUCACAAUAUGUUGUCAUCUCAUCAGAAGGUGAAUCCAAAGGAGGUCAUUGUUGGAUGGUUUUCUACUGGUUUCGGAGUCACAGGUGGAAGUGCUUUGAUUCAUGAGUUUUUUUCUAGAGAAACUACAAAUCCUAUACAUUUGACUGUUGACACUGGGUUCACAAAUGGAGAAGCUUCUAUAAAAGGUUUUGUUUCUGUGCAUUUGUCUAUUGGAGAUCAGCAGCUUGCUGCACAAUUUCAGGAAAUUCCGUUGGACCUGCGCAUGGUUGAAGCUGAAAGGAUUGGAUUUGAUAUACUUAAGACGACUGCGGUAGAGAAACUUCCCAACGAUCUUGAAGGAAUGGAAGCCUCAAUGCAACGAUUACUUGCUCUGAUUGAUGAUAUCUACAAAUAUGUGGACGAUGUUGUGGAAGGACGUGUGCCACAAGACAAUAAAAUCGGAAGGUUCAUAUCUGAUACCGUGGCUUCCCUUCCCAAGCUCUCACCUCAAGACUUUGAUAAGCUUGUUAAUGAUGGUCUCCAGGAUCAAUUGCUCUUGCUCUAUUUGGCAAGCCUCACAAGGACACAACUGAGCUUCGCAGAAAAACUUAACACUGCUGCUCAAAUCCUGUGAUGAUGAUUAAUUCAUUCUUCAUGUUGUAGUGCAACAUCAAAAUUUGUCUAGAUAACUGAUUUUUUGGCCAGAACGAUGAUGAGGGACACGGUGUCAUCAGUUUAGAGAAUUGUAUGUUAUAUUAUGUUAUUAGUUAACAUUGUAGCUUCUUUGUUUUUUCCCCCGUUUUGUACAAGAGAAAUACCAUAUAUGGUGAAGACUGAGGUAUACCUUAGCGUACUUGAUUAUUUGAGGAUGAAUUUUAAUCCA